AUGUUGGCAGACAAAGGUGGCUUAGGCUGCCAUGGGAAUAUGAGAGGAGAGCUGAUUACAGAAGCUAUUAAUAAUAGUCGGGUCAGCUUCUAUUCGCUGCUGGUUAGUAUUGGUCUCUGUUUUAACUUAACAAUUGUGGAUGUGUUAAAAUGGUUGCAGCGCGCUGCUACGGUCAGCGCAUGUCUGAUGCCUACCACCUGUGGCUUCCCGAAUUGUAAAUUUCGGUCUCGCUAUCGCGGUCAGGAAGAUAAUCGGCAUUUCUAUCGUAUACCUAAACGACCACAGGUGUUGCGGCAACGUUGGUUACUUGCAAUUGGACGAACCGAGGAUACCGUUGUUUCACAGGUCAGGAUAAUACACCUGUUGUAUUGCUUCCUGUGUAUAAAUACGUGUUAUCACGUGCAUGAACGUUUAAUAUGCAUGUUAUCGCUAAUGCUUUCGCAUCGCUUUAUGAUAGAAGUAUCAUAUUUGUCUUUAAAAAGUGCUUAUCGUGAAGAGGGUGUGCGCAUUUUACAGUGGAUAUUUAUAACAAUUAAUAUGAUUGUGAGGCUCAGCCAAGCUAUGUCUAAUUUUGAAAAUAUGUAG